CAGCAGGAGCGGGCGGGUGGCGGAGACGGUGACGCGCUGCGCUCUUGAAAUUUCGCUUUCGUUCACUCGCGUUUAUUAGUCGGCCGCGCGCGCUCCGGUAAGCAUGUGUCUCGCGUGACGCGCUGCGACUCUCCGACGCUCCAUUUCAUUUCGCUAGAGAUGGCGCCACGCCGGCAAGGCUCCGGUGGCGAGCGUGAGGCCGAUGAAGUCCGCGGCUGCUGCGUCCCCGGCGAGUGCCUGCGCCCCCGCGAGUCCGUGCGAGUCGAGGAUGCCGUGCGCCUCAUCUGCAACAACGAGGCGUGCACCGCCGGCCGCUACAUGCACCGCGACUGCUUCGAGCAGUGGGAGGCCAGCGUGUUGGCUUAUCUCAAAUCAUGCGGCCGCGCGCGCUCCUGGUCAGAGAGACAGAGGCUCCAGAAUUUAUGGACAAAGAAGGGUUACGAUUUGGCAUUCAAGGCGUGCGGCUGCCGGUGCGGGCGCGGGCACUUGAAGAAAGACCUGGACUGGCUGCCGCCGGGGGCCGCGGCGCGGGCCGAGGAGGAGAAGAAGCGGCGCCGGCGGACGCGCUCGGGGCGCGGCGCGGCCGUGGGCGACGGGCGCUCGCGGGCCUUCAGCCUGUCCAGCUCGGGCUCCUGCUCGCCGCCCUCGGCGCCCUCGGAGCCCUCCACCAGCCCCACGCACGCCUCCACGCCCGCCAAGCGCAGCUCCAAGACCGAGAUCGUGUCCGACCGAGUCAGAGCUGGAGCUGGCGCGAACGGCAUCUUCUCCCGGCGACUGGACUUCUCCACUUUCAACCUUCUGCCCAAGCAUAAAGUCAACUCUUAUCAAAUCAAGAUCGAGGACGAGGGUAACCAUGGCAACGACGAGACCCGCCUCUUCAUCCUGUCCACGCUGGCGGGGCAGCACAAGCCGCGCGUCUCCUGCGCCCUGUGUGACGACACUCUGGACGUGUUCGACCGCUACCCGCUGGUGGAUGGGACGUUCUUCCUCAGCCCGCGCCAGCACACCAGCGCCGCUGUCGAGGUGAAAGUGGAGGGUCGCACGCAGUACCUGACGUGCGUGUGCAUGGGCUGCCUGGAGCGCUGCGAGCCGGAGCGCACCAUCCGCUGCCGGUUCUGCGGCGUCAAGUGGGACGGCUCCUCGCUCGUGCUCGGCACCAUGUACUCCUACGACAUCUUCAUGGCCACCCCGUGCUGCGCCGACCGACUCAAGUGCAACACGUGCUACAAGCCGCUGCUCCACCCGCAACAGCGGCUGAACUACUCGGACUACUCGCACCCGGUGACGUGCCCGCACUGCCGCGUGCUCGACACGCACUUCGUGAAGCCGCUGCCCUACUGCUUCACCAAGCGGGCCUUCCCGCUGUUCCAGCAGUGGCCAUAACAGUCGGCGGUGCCGGGCUUGUCCCCCGGCACCCCGCCCGAGCCCGCCUGGCCGCCGCCGUCGCCGCCGCGCCGCGCUUCGCCGCCCGCCCUGCGCCCCGUCGUCAACACGAGCAUGGCCCCCCGCCCGCCCAC